AGCUAUGGUUGGUCUGCCUGUCCAGCAGCAUCCAGCAGAUCUGGACUCCAUAUUUAAGCAUCUUGAAGAGAAAAUUUUCACUUUAGUGAAGAAUGAGCUGAAAAGGUUCCAAAGUGUUUUAAGCCAAGAUACACCAGAAGGAUUAAACAUACAGAGUGGGGAAGAGGAGAGAAGAAGCAAUACAGAGUCAGUGCUGAAGAUCACUCUGAACUUCCUGAGAGGAAUGAAACAGGAGGAGCUGGCUGACUGUCUGCAGAGCAGAACCAGGCCGUCACUGUAUCAGUGUAAACUCAAAUCAACCCUGAAGGAGAAGUUCCAGUGUGUGUUUGAGGGGAUCACCAAAGCAGGAAACCCGACCCUCCUGAAUGAGAUCUUCACACAGCUCUACAUCACAGAGGGAGGGACCGGAGAGGUCAAUGAUGAACAUGAGGUCAGACUGAUCGAAGCAGCAUCCAGGAAACCAGAAGGACUAGAGAUCAGACAUCAGGACAUCUUUAAACCCUUACCUGAGAGAGCUGGACCAAUCAGAACAGUGCUGACAAAGGGGGUCGCUGGCAUCGGGAAAACAGUCUUAACACAGAAGUUCACUCUGGACUGGGCUGAAGGCAAAACCAACCAGGACAUCCAGUUCACGUUCCCCUUCACUUUCAGAGAGCUGAAUUUGCUGAGAGAGAGAAAGUUCAGUUUGGUGGACCUGGUUCAUCGCUUCUUUACUCAGACCAGAGACGCAGGACUCUGCAGGUUUGAAGAGUUCCAGGUCCUCUUCAUCUUUGACGGUCUGGAUGAGUGUCGACUUCCUCUGGACUUCCAAAACAAUCAGAUCCUGACUGAUCCCACAGAGUCCACCUCAGUGGAUGUGCUCCUGACAAACCUCAUCAGGGGGAACCUGCUCCCCUCUGCUCGCCUCUGGAUCACCACAAGACCUGCAGCAGCCAAUCAGAUCCCUCCUGGGUGUGUUGGCAUGGUAACAGAGGUCAGAGGGUUCAAUGACCCUCAGAAGGAGGAGUACUUCAGGAAGAGAUUCAGAGACGAGGUGCAGGCCAGCAGAAUCAUCUCCAACAUCAAGACAUCCCGAAGCCUCCACAUCAUGUGCCACAUCCCGGUCUUCUGCUGGAUCACUGCUACAGUUCUGGAGGAUAUGCUGAAGACCAGAGAGGGAGGAGAGCUGCCCAGGACCCUGACUGAGAUGUACAUCCACUUCCUGGUGGUGCAGUCCAAGCUGAAGAACAUUAAGUAUGAUGGAGGAUCUGGGACUGAUCCACUCUGGAGUCCAGAGAGCAGGAAGAUGAUCCAGUCUCUGGGAAAACUGGCUUUUGAGCAUCUGCAGAAAGGGAACCUGAUCUUCUAUGAGUCCGACCUGACAGAGUCUGGCAUCAAGAUCAAGAAAGCCUCAGUGUACUCAGGAGUGUUCACACAGAUCUUCAGAGAGGAGAGAGGACUGUACCAGGACCAGGUGUUCUGCUUCAUCCACCUGAGUGUUCAGGAGUUUCUGGCUGCUCUUCAUGUCCAUCUGACCUUCACCAAGUCUGGAGUCAACCUGAUGUCAAAGAAAAAAUCAACCUCUGCUAAGCUUGGUAGAAACAAACAUUUCUACCGGAGUGCUGUGAACGAUGCCUUAAAGAGUCCCAAUGGACACCUGGACCUGUUCCUUCGCUUCCUCCUGGGUCUCUCACUGCAGACCAAUCAAGCUCUCCUUCAAGGUCUUGGGACACAUACAAGUCUGUCACUUGGCAAUCAGAAAACUGUCAAGUACAUCAAGAAGAGGACCAAUGAGAAUCUGUCUCCAGAGAGAAUCAUCAACCUGUUCCACUGUCUCAAUGAGCUGAAUGAUCGUUCUGUAGUGGAGAAGAUCCAAACGUAUCUAAAACCAGGAAGUCUCUCCACUGGUGACCUGUCUCCUGCUGAGUGGUCAGCUCUGGCCUUCAUCUUACUGUCAUCAGAGAAAGAUCUGGACGUGUUUGACCUGAAGAAAUACUCUGCUUCAGAGAGGGUUCUUCUGAGGCUGCUGCCUCUGGUCAAAGCCUCCAACAGAGCUCUGCUGAGCGGCUCUGAUCUCUCAAGGAGAAGCUGUAAAGCUCUUUCCUCAGUUCUCACCUCCCGGUCCUCCAAACUGAGAGAGCUGGACCUGAGCAACAAUGACCUGCAAGACUCAGGAGUGAAGCUACUUUCAGCUGGACUGGCGAGUGUACACUGUAGACUGGAAACCCUCAGAUUGUCGGGGUGUCUGAUCACAGGUGAAGGCUGUGCUUAUCUGGCCUCGGCCCUCAGAUCCAACCCCUCCCAUCUGAAAGAGUUGGACCUGCGCUACAACCAUCCGGGAGACUCAGGAGUCAUGGUGCUGUCUGCUGAUCCCCUCUUUAGAGUGGACAGUCUCAGGGUGGAUCCCUGUGGAGAGCAGUGGAUGAAACCUGGUCUGAGGAAAUAUGCUUGUGAACUCACAGUGGACACAAACACAGUUCACAGAAGGCUCAGACUGUCUGACAGCAACAGAUCAGUGACCCAUGUGGAGGAGGAGCAGCCGUACCCUGAUCACGCAGACAGGUUUGACUUCUGGUACCAGCUGCUGUGUAGAGACGGUCUGACCGGACGCUGUUUCUGGGAGGUGGAGUGGGAAGGAGACGUGGAUGUUUCAGUGAGUUACAGAGGAAUCAGAAGGAGAGGAGACACACCCGAGUGUAAAUAUGGAGCGAAUGAACAGUCCUGGAGUCUGAUCUGUUCUGAGGAGCACGGUUACUUCGUCUGUCAUGAUGACACCAGGAUAGUCCUCUCCACCUCAUCCUCCCCUGUCUCUCACAGAGUGGCGGUGUAUGUGGAUCAUCCUGCUGGUACUCUGUCCUUCUACAGUGUCUCCUCCAGAGCACUGAUCCACCUCCACACCUUCAGCACCACCUUCACUGAGCCUCUCUAUGCCGGGUUUAAGUUACUGCCUCGUGCCUCAGUGUCUCUGAGCUCACUGUAAACAGGACUCAGG